AGAUCAAGGUGUCAUACAAAUGAUACAAAAACCUGAACUGUCAAGAAAAAUCCUGGUAUAGUACUUUCAGACAUGAUCAUAUUUAUGAAAUGCACACAACACAAACAAGAACCAUCUUACACGAUAAGGCCUCAAGCAGAAAACUUUUUGAGUAGCAGUUGUUCAGCAUUGCUUCUAGAACUGUCGAAAUCGCUUGAAGGGCUUGUUUGUAUUUGCUUGCCUUGUGGUAUUGGUUUAUAUCAUGAAAUAAGUCGGUUUACAAGCUAUUAACCAUGCUACACUGCAUAAGCGCCAAUGUUUUGUGAGUUACCAGUUGGUUUGAGCUUCUGUAACAUUAGUGAUACUUUUCUUUGACAAUGAUAGAUGUCCUAGUCUACUUUUCUAGACAUAUUAACAACUCAUUUUGAUGCAAAAGAAUACAUAGAUAUUUAACAAUUCUGAAUCCUGACUGGUUAUUCUCUUAAUCACGUGAAUUAUGCUUAUAUGUCAAUUCUAAUUAGUCGACUGUUUGAGGGGAAAAUUUCGUUGAUAUGUCUAGCCUAUCAAUUAUCGCUGUAAUGAUUAUCGAAUUUGUAGCUGCAAUGAUUAUCAUAUUAACUGCUACGAUGAUUGUUAGUAAUAAUAAAUAAUCACCGCAGUUACAAACACUAAUUAGUAUCACUUUAUAUCAUGGCUACAUAAUUUAUAACCCCAUCGACUUUGUGCAUUGUGCUACGUUAUGUGUAGGCCCCCACCCCCAGGACUUCUGCUUAUUAUUGGUUUUGAGGUCUUCCAGUUUUGCAAUUAUGAAACUUUUGUCAAAAAUCAUUAGUAACAUAAUAUAAUCAUUUAGUUCAGUACUGUACGUAGGCCUCACUUCCGAAUAGUGGCAUCAAAGGCAUUGUUGCUUCACUCUUAUAGAGGCUUCUCUGUUUGUGAACCUCAUAACUGAUUAGUUUUUUGACUAUUCUGCUCUCACAGUUAUGGAGAUCUUAUCAGUAUUUCAUGCUUUCCUCAUUAUUGAGAUCAUGUUCAUUUCGGUUCUCGUUGUGUCAUGUAAUCACAUAUCCAUGAAAGGAAACUCCCGCAGCAACUUUCUCUUCGGAACUGCAUCCUCUUCUUAUCAGUUUGAAGGAGCUUUUCUAAAUGAUGGUAAAGGUCUCAGCAACUGGGAUGUCUUCACUCACGAACCUGGGAGGAUCCUGGAUGGUUCUACUGGAGAUGUUGCUGUUGAUCAGUACCAUCUUUAUCAGGAAGACUUUGAUAUCAUGAAUUACACUGGAGUUAACAGCUACCGUUUUUCUAUAUCAUGGGCAAGAAUUUUACCUAAAGGAAGAUUUGGAAAAGUGAACAGAGCUGGCAUUGAUCACUAUAUGAAGUUCAUCGACGCUCUUCUGCUUAGAGGAAUCCAGCCAUUUGUGACAUUAACUCACUUCGACAUACCUCAGGAACUUGAAGAAAGAUAUGGAUCUUGGCUAAGUCCCCAUUUGCAGGAAGAUUUUAGCUACUAUGCAAAUAUAUGUUUCAAAUUCUUUGGAGAUAAAGUCAAGUACUGGUCAACUUUCAAUGAGCCCAAUGUUAUGGUCCUUCGUGGAUAUAUGUAUGGGACUAACCCACCAUCUCGCUGCUCUCCCCCUUAUGGAAAUUGCUCCAGUGGAGACUCAGAAAGAGAGCCUUUCAUUGCUGCUCAUAACAUAAUUUUAUCCCAUGCAGCUGCUGUGAAUAUAUACCGAACCAAAUAUCAGAAGAAACAAGGAGGGAGCACUGGAAUUGUGAUGAAUUCUAUAUGGUUUGAACCCAUCAGCAGCUCUUUAGAAGACAAAUUAGCUGCUGAGAGGGCUCAGUCUUUCUUCUUCAACUGGUUUUUAGACCCAAUUUUACAUGGUAGAUACCCUGCAGAAAUGCAUGAGCUUCUAGGAGAUGAUUUGCCUGUGUUUUCCAAGUUUGAUCGGGAGAUACUGAAGACUGGAUUAGACUUCAUUGGUAUCAAUCACUACACCAGCUUUUACGCAAAAGACUGUAUGUUUUCGCCAUGCGAACCAGGAAAAGGAGCUUCAAGGAUAGAGGGUUAUGCUUUGCGAACUGCACUGAAAGAUGGAGUCUACAUUGGAGAACCGACUUCAAUCGAGGGGUUAUAUGUGUACCCUGAAGGAAUGCAGAAGGCGGUUACUUACAUAAAAGAGAGGUACAAUAAUACCCCAAUGUUUAUUACAGAAAAUGGGUAUGGUGUUGAGGAGAUGCCGAAUUCCACAGAUGAUGAACUGUUGCAUGAUGUCAAGAGAGUGGAGUACCUGAGAAGUUACUUUGAGGCACUAGCAGAUACAAUGAGAAGUGAUGGAGCAGAUGUAAGAGGGUAUUUCGUGUGGUCAUUGCUUGACAAUUUCGAGUGGACGUAUGGAUAUACGAUACGUUUUGGACUUUACCGUGUUGAUUAUGGCACUCUUAAGAGAACUCCCAGACUAUCUGCGGCUUGGUACAGACAAUUUAUAGCUGAUAACCCCCUGCAGAUUCUGAGUGCCCAUGAAUGAUCAAGAAAGCAAAUGACAAGGCGUCCCAAGCUAUACCAGUUACUUGUAUCGUAUUUUUGAGGAUCAUGAAAAAGCUUGCAGUUAACAAAGAAAUUUAUCAACUACUUGUUCUGCUAGAAAAUAGGAGGAAAAGCAGCUCGUGAAGGGAUUAAUAAUGAGCUACUCGGACAAGUUUAAUUUCCUACUGUACACUUGGACGACUUCAUAAUCUAGCUCUUUGUUAUUGAGGCUAAGGUACAUUGUGUUGUUUACCUAUAGUAGAGAGCUACGUACAUUAACAUUG